AUGGGAUCCAGACAAUUCUCCUUCGUCAACAUCUCACACCCAGAAGAGGGCCGAAGCCGCCACAACUUGGCCUCUGUUCGCCGCCAUGUCAUGGCAGAUGUCGGCCGUUCCAGGCGCAAAAAGCCAAAGUAUAGGGUCGUUCCCCUUCAAAUCGUUACUAGGGAAGAUGACUCUAGUGUGAAGACAGUGAAUACCGCGACGGCUGAGUCAACUCCUCUUGGGAGAAUGCCGCCGUCCUUUCAGACCCAUCUCAUCGACACUAAUGCUCGUGCUUGCGAACUGAUAAGCUACAUGGCUGCUGAGGCCGACUAUGUAUAUCGACCGUUUCGCACCUCAUGGGUUCAAAUUGGCCUCUCCGAUGCAACAGCGUUUGAUCUAUGGCUUGCACAGACCAUUGUGAUUCGAGAUAGCGUCGUACAUAAAGGUGUUGCAACGUGCUCCAAUGCAGAGUAUUUAAAUAAUUCCGAGGCGAAUAAAUACUACAGCAAAUCACUCAGUCGUCUGUCUCGUCGGCUGAGCAAUCGCGAAGAAUGCGUAAGCAGCAGCGUUAUAGCGAUCAUUAUGGGAUUUAUAUGUAUCGACACACGCGUUGGAAAUUGGGAUCGAUAUUCUAUGCAUAUGAAUGGUUUGGAGCGAAUAUUUCAUCUCCGUAAGGGGUUCGAUGAAUUGGACGCCGAUAUUCCAUUGAUGGCAUUUUUAGUUGAUUUAAUGGGUGCCUCCAUGCUCAAUCGUUAUCCGCGAUUUCCCAUCCCAAAGCAAUUCAAUAAUCCUUAUUCAAAGGAUUGUGAAGACGAUAUACCUCACAUAUUACGCAAUUUGCUUCAUAGCGCUGAAAGACUAGUUCCUCAAGGAAAACGGAUAUACGCCAUGUUGAGAGUGGUGGCAUCUGUCAUUGCGUGGGUAAAUCACGCCGAUGAUCCUCAAUUUUGGACUCGAGAUGCGACUCUGGUCAAAAAACUGGGACUUGCGAGCCAUUUCAUACUAUCAGUACCCAAAUCUCCAGAAGAUGAUCCGCAUGUGGAUGACUCCGUCUUCUUGGUACAGAGAAUGGUACAGCUCGCGUGCUUGAUGAUCAUGUCAAAGUUGAAGCAAUUGGCAUCUUUCCAUUGGGCCGAUAUGGAUCCUCUUGGAGACCGCUUCAGAGAACUGUUAAAGGAACCUUAUUACGAGAUUCCCGUGCAUCUCAAAGAACUACGCCUCUGGGCGAUCAUGACUGCUUGUUCAUUGGUGGACGCAGAAGUACAAGGCCCGUUUCUUGUUGAAGUGAAGCGGUCAAUAGGAAUACUGGGCUAUCACACGGCUGAACAGGCAAUUGACUAUGUCAAAAGCCUUCUUUGGCUUGACAGCAUAGACAUAGUUUCAGCGGAGAGUCUAUAUGGAUGCUGCAAUGUAUGA